GAAAUUAGAGAGAGAGAGAUAUAUCUUCAUACCUUGAUACAACUAAAUAAUCUCAAAUAAUAAAUAAUGCGAAGUUUAUGAAUGUUACUUGACUUCUGAAAAUGUCCUACGACAUUGCAUCACACUACCGAUUUCAAGCACCCAGAUGUGCCACAGUAAAUAUUAGGUGAGAUGUCGUAAAGAUUUGUCUUAAACUGUCUCACCAUCGCAAAGACAUAUCUUGAACAGCCGCCACUGCAUAACAAACAAAAAACAACAACAAAAAAAAAUGAGUCCAAACUUGAUCAUACAAAUUUUGCUUUUGCUGUUCCAAUCUGGGAUGACAAGCGAACACCCAGAUGUCUGUCAACCUCGAGCAGUUGUUGGAAGACCAUACCACUUAAACUGUACAGGGGAUACCACCAGGUGAAAAGCACGGAUCUUUUUUAAAACUUUAAAAAAAAAAAAUGGGUUUUAAACAAUAUUUUAAAAAAAAAAAAGAAAAAUAAAAACUUUGUAUCCAACAUCGUUUUGUAGAUUUCUUAUCCCAUUAAAAAAAAAAAAAAAAAAAAAAAAAAAAAAAAAAAUAAAAAAAAAGGGUUUUAAAAAAAAUUUUAAAAAAAAAAAAAAAAAAUAAAAACUUUGUAUCCAACAUCGUUUUGUAGAUUUCGUAUCCCAUUAAAAAAAAAAAAAAAAAAAAAAAAUCAAUAAAAAAAUAAUAACCUCCACCCACCUCCCCCCUCAAAAAACAACCUAAGAGAAAUAAUUACAAUGCCUACUUCCUAGGCCAACAUUUUUUAACUACUUCUAAGCUUUCAGCUGUCUUUACUUUUGCACUAACAUACGUAUCCUGUUGAGGGUUAGAGCUCAAGCGCCGGGUCUUGGUGUGGCAACUAGCUCCAUCUGUUUGCCCGUACACCGAAAGACACAGGUAGGAAACCAGAGCGAUGUUCAGUUGCGAUGUUAGCUAGGCAAGCCUGUGAUGUUCAACAGUCAGGUAAUCUAUGCAUCAUUGGGAUGUUCAACAGUCAGGUAAUCUAUGCAUCAUUGGGAUGUUCAACAGUCAGGUAAUCUAAGCAUCAUUGGCAUGUUCAACAGUCAGGUAAUCUAUGCAUCAUUGGGAUGUUCAACAGUCAGGUAAUCUAUGCAUCAUUGGGAUGUUCAACAGUCAGGUAAUCUAUACAUCAUUGGGAUGUUCAACAGUCAGGUAAUCUAUGCAUCAUUGGGAUGUUCAACAGUCAGGUAAUCUAUGCAUCAUUGGGAUGUUCAACAGUCAGGUAAUCUAUGCAUCAUUGGGAUGAUCAACGGUCAGGUAAUCUAUGCAUCAUGUGAUGAUCAAUAGUCAGGUAAUCUAUGCAUCAUUGGGAUUUUAAAUAGUCAGGUAAUCUAUGCAUCAUUGGGAUGUUCAACAGUCAGGUAAUCUAUGCAUCACUGGGAUGUUCAACAGUCAGGUAAUCUAUGCAUUAUUGGGAUGUUCAACAGUCAGGUAAUCUAUGCAUCAUUGGGAUGUUCAACAGUCAGGUAAUCUAUGCAUCAUUGGGAUGUUCAACAGUAGGGUAAUCUAUGCAUAAUUGGGAUGUUCAACAGUAAGGUAAUCUAUAUAUCAUUGGGAUGUUCAACAGUCAGGUAAUCUAUGCAUCAUUGGGAUGUUCAACAGUCAGGUAAUCUAUGCAUCAUUGGGAUGUUCAAAAGUCAGUUAAUCUAUGCAUCACUGUGAUGUUCAACAGUCAGGUAAUCUAUGCAUCAUUGUGAUGUUCAAAAGUCAUGUUAUCUAUGCAUCAUUGGGAUGUUCAACAGUCAGGUAAUCUAUGCAUCAUUGGGAUUUUCAACAGUCAGGUAAUCUAUGCAUCAUUGGGAUGUUCAACAGUCAGGUAAUCUAUGCAUCAUUGGGAUGUUCAAUAGUCAGGUAAUCUAUGCAUCAUUGGGAUGUUCAACAGUCAGGUAAUCUAUGCAUCAUUGGGAUGUUCAACAGUCAGGUAAUUUAUGCAUCAUUUGGAUGUUCAACAGUCAGGUAAUCUAUGCAUUAUUGUGAUGUUCAACAGUCAGGUAAUCUAUGCAUCAUUGGGAUGUUCAACAGUCAGGUAAUUUAUGCAUCAUUGGGAUGUUCAACAGUCAUGUAAUCUAUACAUCAUUGGGAUGUUCAACAGUGAGGUAAUCUAUGCAUCAUUGGGAUGUUCAACAGUCAGGUAAUUUAUGCAUCAUUGGGAUGUUCAACAGUCAGGUAAUCUAUGCAUCCUUAGGAUGUUCAACAGUCAGGUAAUCUAUGCAUCAUUGGGAUGUUCAACAGUCAGGUAAUCUAUGCAUCAUUGGGAUGUUCAACAGUCAGGUAAUCUAUGCAUCAUUGGGAUGUUCAACAGUCAGGUAAUCUAUGCAUCAUUGGGAUGUUCAACAGUCAGGUAAUCUAUGCAUCAUUGGGAUGUUCAACAGUCAGGUAAUCUAUGCAUCAUUGGGAUGUUCAACAGUCAGGUAAUCUAUGCAUCAUUGGGAUGUUCAACAGUCAGGUAAUCUAUGCAUCAUUGGGAUGUUCAACAGUCAGGUAAUCUAUGCAUCAUUGGGAUGUUCAACAGUCAGGUAAUCUAUGCAUCAUUGGGAUGUUCAACAGUCAGGUAAUCUAUGCAUCAUUGGGAUGUUCAACAGUCAGGUAAUCUAUGCAUCAUUGGGAUGUUCAACAGUCAGGUAAUCUAUGCAUCAUUGGGAUGUUCAACAGUCAGGUAAUCUAUGCAUCAUUGGGAUGUUCAACAGUCAGGUAAUCUAUGCAUCAUUGGGAUGUUCAACAGUCAGGUAAUCUAUGCAUCAUUGGGAUGUUCAACAGUCAGGUAAUCUAUGCAUCAUUGGGAUGUUCAACAGUCAGGUAAUCUAUGCAUCAUUGGGAUGUUCAACAGUCAGGUAAUCUAUGCAUCAUUGGGAUGUUCAACAGUCAGGUAAUCUAUGCAUCAUUGGGAUGUUCAACAGUCAGGUAAUCUAUGCAUCAUUGGGAUGUUCAACAGUCAGGUAAUCUAUGCAUCAUUGGGAUGUUCAACAGUCAGGUAAUCUAUGCAUCAUUGGGAUGUUCAACAGUCAGGUAAUCUAUGCAUCAUUGGGAUGUUCAACAGUCAGGUAAUCUAUGCAUCAUUGGGAUGUUCAACAGUCAGGUAAUCUAUGCAUCAUUGGGAUGUUCAACAGUCAGGUAAUCUAUGCAUCAUUGGGAUGUUCAACAGUCAGGUAAUCUAUGCAUCAUUGGGAUGUUCAACAGUCAGGUAAUCUAUGCAUCAUUGGGAUGUUCAACAGUCAGGUAAUCUAUGCAUCAUUGGGAUGUUCAACAGUCAGGUAAUCUAUGCAUCAUUGGGAUGUUCAACAGUCAGGUAAUCUAUGCAUCAUUGGGAUGUUCAACAGUCAGGUAAUCUAUGCAUCAUUGGGAUGUUCAACAGUCAGGUAAUCUAUGCAUCAUUGGGAUGUUCAACAGUCAGGUAAUCUAUGCAUCAUUGGGAUGUUCAACAGUCAGGUAAUCUAUGCAUCAUUGGGAUGUUCAACAGUCAGGUAAUCUAUGCAUCAUUGUGAUGUUCAACAGUCAGGUAAUCUAUGCAUCAUUGUGAUGUUCAACAGUCAUGUAAUCUAUGCAUCAUUGGGAUGUUCGACAGUCAGGUAAUCUAUGCAUCAUUGGGAUGUUCAACAGUCAGGUAAUCUAUGCAUCAUUGGGAUGUUCAACAGUCAGGUAAUUUAUGCAUCAUUUGGAUGUUCAACAGUCAGGUAAUUUAUGCAUCAUUUGGAUGUUCAACAGUCAGGUAAUCUAUGCAUCGUUGGGAUGUUCAACAGUCAGAUAAUCUAUGCAUCAUUGGGAUGUUCAACAGUCAGGUAAUCUAUGCAUCAUUGUGAUGUUCAACAGUCAGGUAGACAAUACAAUCUUGUGAUUUUCAACGGCCAGGUAAGCUUUGCAUCCUAGUGAUGUUCAACGGCCAGGUAAGCUAUACAAUAUUGUUAUUUUCAACGGCCAGAUAAACUAUGCAUCCUUGUGAUGUUCAACAGCUAGGUGAGCUAUUCAUUCUUAUGAUUUUCAAAUGCCAGGUGAGCUAUACAAUCUUGUGAUGUUCAACUGCCAGGUAAGCUAUACACUCUUUUCAUGUUCAACUGCCAGGUAAGCUAUACAAUCUUGCGCUGUUCAACUGCCAUAUAAGCUAUGGAUCUUUGAGAUGUUCACCUGCCAGGUUAGCUAUCCAUUUUUGAGAUGUUCACCUGCCAGGUUAGCUAUCCAUCUUUGAGAUGUUCACCUGCCAGGUUAGCUAUCCAUCUUUGAGAUGUUCACCUGCCAGGUUAGCUAUCCAUCUUUGAGAUGUUCACCUGCCAGGUUAGCUAUCCAUCUUUGAGAUGUUCAAUUGCCAGGUAAGCUAUGCAUCCUUGUGUUCUUUCUUUAAUCCAAUAAGACUGGUUAAAUCGCGCAACCUGAAAACAGUCGUCUUUCCUCCAGAUUGCGCACCAAAAUUCAUCUCCUUAACAUCACGAGACUAAAGGGAGUGACACCAUAGUGUGAUUAAAAGCCACCCUCACACCCCCACCAUCCCCACCACCCCCACCACCCAAAAAAAAAAAAAGAAAAGAAAUUAUUUAAAAAUCUACCAUUAAGACAAAAGUUUGUGAAAACACAACGCAUUAUUUAAGGAUCAAUACUAAUGUAAGAUAUCCCAUUUUAAAGCUUUGGAAAUGGCUCCUACUUUACAUAUCUAUCUGAUCAUCUGAUUUCCAGAUUCUGAAAACAGCGAAACCAGCAAACUUGAAGCGUGCGCUACUACUUCAGUUUGACAGCGCUGUUAACUAUAAUUUAUUCCUUUAAAUGUCAUUUAUUGGACGAAUGCAUUUCUGAUUCUAAGAGCAAGAGAACAAUUGAAAAUACAAUGUAUUAAAAUGAGAUUUAGACGCAUUGUUCCGUGCAGUGGCGUAGCAACGGGUAGCGCAAGUGGGUGGUCAGGCCCCGGGUGGCAUGUUUUCCACCCUUUAUAUUUGAGUGGCGGUAUUGCAGAGAUAUUUCUGGUGAAAAAGUACGGAAAAAAGUCUUGGCCCUGCCCCGGUUGGACUAACCCUAGCUACGCCACUGCCCUCAAGACAUGUGUAAAAGAAAUUAACUCGUUUUUACGUAUUCAGAUUGAUGUCAGUGUUUGAAUGUGUUUUUGUAAAAAAAUAUAACUGUAGGCUGUUUAUCGUGCGUCGACACUUGCAUAACUGAAGAUAUCAUUGGGAAAGCGUACGGCCUUAAAAUGUUUAAGAAAAUACAUCAGCACCUUCAAAAAUGUACAAUCUGUAUCGAUUUUAACUUAAGCAACAAUUCUAUCCAAUAUUAUAAUAGAAAAGCAUUCACCUAUUUAAGCGUAGGUACCUACUGCAGAUGUAAGUUUAUAUGUUUAAAUAUACUCUACAGCGCCAACGUCCACUGGACCUUGAUCUCACCAGCAGGCAAGAAGGCGUUCGUCAACCCCUCCGCUGCUUCUGCCCACUCCAAGGAGCGUGUCCACGCCAACGUCACGGAGCACUCGCGCCACUCCGUGACACAUCUCGUGUUUGACAGUGUCACAGAGGAGGACGCCGAUACCGUCGUCAGGUGCGUGUUCACCGACAACAGGAAGCCUGCCCAUCUUGACAAGAUGACCUGUCGGCUGGAAUUCUGCGCCCGUGGCGAUUCAGUCCAGUGCAGCGUCAGCAGGACGCACGGUAUUCAUUUGUUCUACACAUGUCGUAUUGAAAGUUUAUCUCAAACUUUUAACUGCAGUCUCCGACUGGAAGAAAAUUUAACAAACGCGACGAGUCAUAAACCCAACGCUGAAUUCACACAUGAAGUCGGAGCGCGUCAUGACGGAGGAUAUUUAUUGCAUUGCCAAGUGGAGAUAACACAUGCUAAACCUGGCAACUAUUCUUUAAUUGGCUUUGUGGAUACUGGAUGUGGUAAUAAUGUCAAUGUCAUCCAUGGCAUAAUUAUCCAAGAACGAAAACCGUGGGUGUCUUUGAGUAAUGGUUCUGUGCCUUUUAGUUUUUGCAGUCCCAUACUGAUACAUUGUGAGGCCCACGACUUCGGGUCAUUGCCGAAAUUUCGCUGGUUCAUAGACAAGAUCAAUGCUACAGAAAAGAGCAAGACGAGCUGCAAAGCGGCAAACAGCUGCGCUUCCAAUCUCAAGCUAACUCCUAAUCAUUACGGCAAGAUAGUCACGUGUCAGGCCACAGACGAUCAGAUGUCGACAAGCACUAGCAUAACCACCCCCUGGCCACCGACAAAGCCUCCCGAGUUCAAACUCGGUUCAAACCUGCAGAACGUCGUUUACAUACGCCUCGGGGAGCACUUUAUUUUGACGUGUCAGGAUUCAGAGCAAGCACACCCACUAAGCAAACUUAUUCUAACCUGCUGGAAGAAUGGAUCCAUUAUUGGUCGAUCACAUACAAUUUCAAACAGUGCACAUCUCGCACUGACGGGCUCUCGUGAUGUGGACAGGGCCACCUGUAACUGUUCAGCAAUCUAUGAGACCGCCAAAUGUUUGGACCUUGUCUCCUAUGUUUCAAUCAGUGUCUACAACAUUUCAGGUAACGACACGGCAGAUUACACCAACGCUGUCUCGUAUGUGAAAACAGCAGACUCCAUGCCACUUGUCUACAUCAUAAUCUCCGUCAUUGCGGUCAUACUCCUCGUGUUCAUCCUAGGCCAGGUCCUGAUGUGUUCUGCCAGACUCAGUCGGAAGCCUAGACGGCAGAAUUCGACCGUCUCUUCUCAAUCCUCACACGGAAUCUACAGAAACUCGGAGCAUAUUUAUGAACCGAUUGGCGUCCAUAGUUUGGCUCACCAUCAAAGCGCAGUCCGCCAACCCGUGGACGAUUGUCCUUCUGGGGAAACCCUGUCGACGGAAGAGGAACUCCUCAUGAGGCCAAGCCCAGGCAGACGUAUCUUAAUGGACAACCUCGGGUAUUUGUCGCCGCAACCGAACCUGCCGGACGUCGUAAACCACGCGACUUACUUAACCGUUUGUGAAGAUUCCGGUUCUUUGUCAUCAGAAGCCUCCCAAGAAAAAUACCAGGAAACCUGUUUCAGUUUUGCCGAUGCGGGUGGUCGAAACUCACGUGAUGGUUCUUUGAACAUGUUAGUGGAGGGCAUUCAUCGUGGGGACUCCCAGGGCAUGGCGAGAUCACACGAUGUUACUCCUGGGUGCAGCCAUCCUUGCUAUGACGAGGAUGAUUAUAUCACGCCGCUGUCACUGUUUGCCAUUUCUGACACAUCGAGCACUCAAGACACGUCGUACGCUAAAAGCGGAGAGGAAUCCGUCUUCGGGUCUGAUCACAGGACGACGUACUGUUUUAUGUGCAGAGAAAACCAUCAGUUCGCUACGGUCAGCUAUAACCCUCGUCUCACUGACAGCCACGUGGGGUGUCGUCAACAUGGGACGUCACGCGAUGCGCGUGAUGACGCAGUUGUGAAGGAUGGACACGUCGUUGGUUCUAAAAAAAUGGUAAGCGCAGAUGGCUCUACCGUGGAGACUGAGGGUCCACUAGAACUUCAGCAGUUCGUUCUACCGCACAAACCACAGCGACAUGGACGUGGGACCAGAAGCAGUCAGUCCCUGGGGCGAUGUGAGACGGAGAGAGGAGUUAUUGCCCCUCACGUUAGGGAAGACAUGCAGACACGAGAGUACUUAAAUUGGCAUCCGUCUAAGAUCAAAAAACAUUUUCAUGGACUUAGAUCCCAGUCAUUGCCACAAGGAGACUACUCCAAUUAUUAGUAAAGACCUUAAACAAAUCAGGAAUGAAGUUAUCAAAUUUUAGAACCCUCCCUCACUUAGGAAAAAAAAGGCUAAUUAUUAAUGAAAUUAAGUUUGAGCUUGUUAGAUGAAUAUUUUGUAUAUUAUUUUAUUUGAAUAUAGUUUGGAAAUAUAUUUCAACAUGGUUUUCACUAACUUUUAAGCGUAGUCUUUUAAUGGUAGAGUACAAAAAUCCUGACCAUUUCGACGUUUCAAAUGAAUUAUUAUUUUUCUUAAAUUACGAAAUAAAGAAUCAAAAUUACGCGUUUUUAGUACUUUCAAGUAAGUGACAUAGCCUAGAUGUCAAAUGGAUGUGGUCGAUGCUGGGUUUAACAUUCAGGCAACAUUAUGCUUAACUAGAGGCAAACACAAAGUGUUGACCCCGUGAACUCAUUGCAUU